GCUAAGAGAAACCUAGAGGCGGGAUUCUCCCGUAAUGGCUUCAGUUCACUUCGACAAACUGUUCUUGUAAAACGGGGAGGUCGCUAUAAUAGCAGCAUUGUUCGGGAAUUUUAUGGAUUAUCAGUGCUGUAUUUGUGUUUAGCAGUCGGAUGAACUUUUAUAUAAGGCAUAAAUGUCGAGUUUCUUUUCACGAUCAUGUGGUGAAGUCCUGUGUCAGUGAGUCACGCAGAAAUGGAGAACUUCCAGAACAUUGAGGAUGAGCCGUUUCCCAGCUUCCUAUCCAACGCCUCGCUGGGCAGCAGCGGCCGUGCCACACUCGGCAACGUGACACUGGGCUCUACGUUUGGGAUGCCCAUGGCUGCCUCUACUGUGGCUAAAAUUAAACCUCCAGCAGACAACAGAGUAACUGAUGUGCAAGCAUCAUAUUUGGAGGAUGGACAGAUUUCACUCAUGCAUUCCCAGGGCUCAGAUGGUGGGCGAGAAAGAUUUGCUCUUAGCCUGAAAGAAGAUUUAGAUGAUGUUGAUGACUUCAUUGCUGCUAAUAGAUUCUCAGACUUGCUAGUUAAUGUCAAUUUGGAUGAGACAGAAUCCGGUCCUGCUUCUAAAACCUCUCCCAAAGGAUUGGGUCGAGGUCCUGCAUCGGGUUCUGUUCCUUUUCGAACUACCACUGACCUUUCAACUGGACUGCUGUCAUUUUCCCAUGUUGGAGACAAAGAUACAACAGCAGCUCAGGCCACAGUGCUUCCAGUUAUGAUUGAGGAAGAGGAAGAUUCUGCAAGUGAAGAAACAGGCAGUGAAAGGUGUAGCAUCGCCAGCUUCCUGGCAAACGAGAAGCUUAUGUCCCUGGACAGCAUGAAUAGUGAUGUCACAGAUGAUGACAUUGAUGUGAACCAGCUUCAUGAUGAGGAACUGGAGUUGUAUUUCAACAAACUUAUGCCCCCUGCAAUGCAGAGGGGUCGAGUAGAAGGGCAAGAAAUCCCUGUUGAGUUGCCUUCCAGUUCCUCUCAACCCAAAUUCUGUGAGGCAGAGAACAACAGAUUCAGUUUUCAUGAUGAUUAUGACCAGAGGGACUUUCGCAUGCCUGAUGUGCGACUGGCAGCCACGGGUAUGGAUUCAUGUCCUGCAAGUGAUGAAGAUACAGAGGAUGAACUGGAGGCUUCACAGAACCGGGGAAGAGCCAGGUUCCUCCUACCCAGCACCUCCAGACAACCGGUUGGAGAGAGCCACCGUCCUCAUUUUCGUCCUGGGUUGGAAGGAGGGAGCUCUGAUGAGUCACAAACUGGAAGCACAUACACCAACACCAGGACAAGCAUUGAGCACCGUCGGUCUGCAGAGGGACAAGUCAUCAACUCGCCGAUUGAUGGUGAUGGAGGAGGAGGUGAUGGGAGCAGUGGGAGUGAGGAGGAUGGGAAUGAUGGAGGUGUAUCAACCAUUCCUUUGCCUCCUACAAACGUCCAGAGUACCUAUGAUGUACUACGUGGCUUGGGCAUUGUGGGAGGAAGUGGAGAGGACAGAGCCGAUGAUCAGCUUCAGUCUUUGCUAGGCAGAUCCGGCAUGAUCGUGCCGAGCCAGAUGGGUGACCGAGUUGGUCCGGUUGGCACAGGUGAAGCUGGCCAAACUGCUGUGGCAUCUGGACCUUCAGUCCGGUGUCCUGUCGACUGGAACAUGAGUCUGGAUAGACAGGAGGCUCUUGAUGCAAUGGAUAACCCAGCAGAAGUUCACUUGGACUCCAUGUACUUGAGGGCAGGUGCAGGUCACAACCCUCAGGACAUUUCUUCCUCAGUCAGCCCUUUUCUUCAGGGCACCCAGAGCAGUUUUCACCUUUCCCAGGUACUUCAUGAAUCUCAUAAUAAAACUGAGCAAGGGAAUAACUUGGGGCAAACUCUGGAUCUUGGUGCCCUGGGACAACGUGGUGGCCCCUGUGGGGAUUCUCCAGUUCCGAGUGAUCAGCAGAGCUCCAGCAGUAAAGAGUCUCUGGAUCCUAAGUACCUAUCUAAGAGCUUUAAUGAAAAUGAGGAACGUCAUGAUAUCUGGAAUCACCAACCAGCAGCAAAUGCUACUCAUAGUGUGGUCUACCAAAAUGAAGAAGGAAAGUGGGUCACUGAUUUGGCCUAUUACUCUUCAUUUGAGAAGGAAAUGGAGGCCAAUAUGCCUGAUGAAGUUGCUAUGCAGUUCCAGUCUGAAGAUUUCCUUGAUGGCAGUCAAGCCAUGGAAAAGAUCAUUGAGGAUCAAGAGGAGUUUGAUAAAGAACACCAGUUUAUGCAGGAAGAGCAGAUUCAGGCUGUUAACCCAAGUGAAGUGCUUGGAAACACCUCUUGGAAAGUUCCCAGUAGUAACCACAUUCUCAUGAGGGCCUCGCAGGUUUCUUCCGACCUUGAGACUUCUAACCAAAGUUAUCUGCGCAUUUCCCUGGGGGAGUUUUUUGAACGGCGCUCUGAAGCACUGGGCUGUCUUGGAAGUGAAGACGACUGGGUUAAAAGGCCUUCUUUCGGUUAUGUCAUCACCUCCCCUGAAAAGAGGGACCCCAUAGCAUUAAUUCAAACCUCGGAUUCGUUCUCUAGAGGAAGCUCUUUCCACAACGAAACGGUUCAGCAAAGUGAUGCUGAUGAGACGCUCAAUCCAGAUGAUCUGGACAAGACUCUCGAACCCAAGCCAGCUGAAGUCCAGCAUGAGAAUAAUGUACAACCACAAACAACUGGGGGAAUAGUCCAUUCACUGACCUCUGCACAAUAUGAAGACGUUGAAAGUUCUGGCUCACCUAACUCCAGUAGCAACCUUAUGCUCAGUAUCAGCACAAUUGCAUCUGCAAUUGCCGAUGCAUCCAUUAGCUCAGAUCCAGCCCAGCUUGCAGCCAUGAUCAUGGAACUUUCCAAAAAAAGCCGUUCAACAAACAAAAGUUUGCUCCCGGUUACGAGUCAUGUACCUGUUACUUCAAAUCAGAAUGGGCUACUGGAGGACCUGCAGAAGACCACAUCACUGGGAGAUCAGAGUACUCCCGACAUGGAGAAAUAUCUGAAGAGGGCUGAGGUGUCCAGUAGUGACAGUGAUGGCUCCACCUCACAGUCCUGCUUGGACAUCCUCACCCUGGCUGAUAAUUUGUCCAGUUCUCAAAGACAGACUCCACAGCAGUCGCCAUCUCUGGAAAACGGUCACAAUGAAGAGUGUUCGAUGAGGGAGGAGCAGCGUCAGGUUCUGGAAGGUAAUGCAUCCAAAAAAGCUGAGGAAGCUCACGGUGUGUUGCCAUCUUCAAGGUCGGAUGUCAAGCGAAGUGCAAUUCCACGUCCCAAGGGAAGCAGUUUACCAACUCCCGCUUCAAAUCCACCCAAGCGCUCUCUAGGUUCUGGGCAGUCGUCAUUGUCUUCCUCAUCCUUAAAGCCAAAACCUGCCGGCUUUGAGAAAAACAAAAAUGACCGUUCAUCUCUUUCCUCAAAUAAGGCCAUCCCUGAACCCAAAAUCAAGAUAGGAACCGCUCGACCACAAAUAUCAAGCACUUCCACCACAGGUAACCGCCGCUCCCUUAAAGCGGAUGGCUCCACGUCGGCUCCUGCUUUUGUGCCAAAAACCUCACCUGGCCUUCGCAGUGGUGGAAGCUCAGAGCUAUCAUCAUCAUUAAAGACCUCCCCGCACAUGACCAAAAACAAGGUCACGGGAGGCAGGACAGACAAACCUAACAUAAACCAGGCACGAUCACCCAGAAGCCCCAGAACUGCUCAGUCUGUUUCAAAGGAGAAGACUGCAGCUGUUGAGCGUCAGGAUUCACUGCCCGCAACCCAGGAAAAAUUUGGCUCACCUGAGAGCGGUAUCCCUGGUGUUGUAGAGGUCAGUCAAUGCAAUUUCAGACCAUCCACCUCCCCUCUUACCCACUCCAGUCCAAGCCAGACCUCCAUUCCCAGUGGAUAUGGUCAUUUGUUCAGCAAUAGUGAGAUGUCUCCGUGCUCACCCAGCCGUGAUAAGAGUCCGAGGAGUCCGGGUGGAGAUCCUGUUUCUCCUCAAUCUCAUUGUUCAAGCCCAUCUCUCAGCAGACUUACUUAUCUCUCCAUCAAUGACAACACCUGCAUGCCCACUCCUGACCAUCACAAGAAAAACACCUCCAUGGCUCUAAGCACCACUAUUAUCAGAGCAAGCCCGACACCUCCAGUGGAGCCGUUUGAAAAUGGAAAUGCUUUAAGUUUUCCAAAAAGUCCAGAACCUCUUUCCCAUGCUGAAAUUCCAGGUUUGACUCAAAAGACCUCAGAGCUGGGCUCACGCAAUGACAGUGACUUUAAUAAAGGGUAUGGAAAUGGUUACGCUAAAGACAACCGCCAUUCUGAACCUGGGCAAAGGUUGUAUCCUCAAGGGGAGUCUGGGUACUUGAGCAAUCUGAACAUUCAGCAUCCACCUGGAACCUCUGUAGAGCAACGGUUGCCUCACGUCUUGGGAUCUGGAUCUCAUUUUGGCAUCCCAGAUGAUUUGACCUAUGGGGCACCCAGAAGCUACAGUUCCCAGGGUGCCCUACCCUCCACUGUGCCUAACUUUCUAACGGGACAUUCACUCUUUGGUUCUCAGCAGACACCGCAAUAUCUGAGCUCAGAGGGACCUUUGCAUACUCCGGCCUAUCAGUUAGGUGGGCCGUCUGGUUUGUAUGGAGUAUCGGCUGCAAUGCCUGGUGCAAACCCUCCGAUGGGUCAUAUGCAUGGUGCAUCAAGUCUUCAGUCUGCUUAUAUGAACGCUGGUCAGCAGCAUCAUCCUCCUCAGUAUCCGGUUGGAAAGGCUUAUGGGCAACAUAGUGUUGGGUCAUGGGCUGCUCGAGACCUUGCAGACCUUAGAACUCAAGUGGUUGUUCCUAAUGAGUUGAAGUUUCCCAGUGCCUGCUGUGUGGGCAUUGCUUCUCAGACGUCACUAAACAUAUUCAACCCUUCUGAGCGCUGGCAACAAGUUUCCAUCUCUGUCACAAGCCUGUCCAUAGAUGGAGAAAAGGUGGAGUCUCUGCCAUUCCAGUGGCUGAUAGUCAAGAAUAAGACUAUAAUCGGGCCCAAAUGUACAGAGGAGCAGAAGGUGUUGUUUAUAGCUCCUAAGGCUGGGCUUUAUCAAUGUACUCUUAGUGUUUCAUCUUGGCCUGCAUCUGCAGAGACUGAGACUGUGGCACACGCUGAAGUCUUUGCCAAGAAAGUGGUGCUAAUAGCCAUCGCUGAAAACCCUGCCAUAGAGGUGGAUGUUGGAAAGACGGGCUGUUUGGAUUUCGGGGACCUGGCGGUGGGCUGUGCCAAGUCCUUGCCACUCAAACUGGUCAACAGGACUCAUGCUACUGUGCCAAUCCGACUGGUUAUCAGUGCGAAUGCCUCAGCAUGGCAUUGUUUCAGCCUAUCUAAAAGCCCAGUUGCCAUGACCACAGAUGUUUCCCUUCAUUCUGGCUCGAACCUGACCUCGCAUUCAACUUCAUCAGUUAUAAACCAUGUACUGCAUGCCAGUUAUGCAGAGAAUCAAGAAAGCUUUUUGGUCUGGGUUCAUUUCAACGCUCCCCAGAAGUACAUUUCAAGUUCAGGCGAGUUGGGGCCGGCUGAUGAAUACAGUGCUCGGGUUGAUGUUGAGGUGGACAGUCCAGGCCCCAGUCAUGUGAUCCAUAGCGUAGCUUUGAGGGCGAGGUCAGGCACUCCCAGAGUGCACGCACCCAAAGACUUACAGGCGGUGUAUCUUCAAGCUCAUUUGGGUCAGACAGCUAAGCAGACACUUCCAUUAAAGAACGCAGGCAACAUUGACGUUCUGCUCAGGCUAAAGAGUAAUGAUGGUGAUGGCUGCUUUACGGUGAAACCAGAAGAACUGACUCUGAGAGCCGGAGAUGAACAGUCUGUUGUGGUCUCGUUUACUGCUCAGGGUGCACAGAAACAUAGGGAGAGCAUGUUGACAAUUCUGGUUCUGCCUGGUGGACCGCAGUACGAGGUGUCCAUGACCGGAGAAAUUGUCCAGGGGGUUUCUGGAAAGAUGGCAUCCCCGUCUGCUGUAUUACCACAGGCCGAAGUCCCACCCAUCCUCUCCAACAAACAAUUCAUGGCGUGGGGAGGGGUUACACUGGGCAGAGCUGUGCAACAGAAACUGGUCCUAAGGAAUAACUCCCCUGCUACUUCACAGCAACUCAGACUUCUCAUCAGGGGUCAAGAUCAAGACUGUUUCCAGCUGCAAAGUUCAUUCGGCCCAGAGGAGCGCCUGACACGUAACCGAGAGCUGUUAAUUAAGCCUAAAGAGGAUAUUACCAUUCAUCUACUAUUUGCUCCCACCCGUGUUGCCUCCAUGCUGGCCAAACUGGAGAUCAAGCAGUCUGCUGCACGUGCUUCCCAGCCUGGUGUCAAGUUCACUAUCCCUCUGUCAGGUUAUGGUGGCACCAGUAACGUGAUCCUGGAGGAGCUGAGGAAGCGUUCUGACGGCUAUGUGGCGACGCUGAGCGGAGUGCAGGAAGGCCGUGUCAGUAAGCUUUGUGUCUGUGUGAGGAACACUGGUUCACGCGCUGCCUUUGUGAAAGCUUUACCCUACAGUGAUCUUCAAAAUCGGACCGUCAUGGAUUCAACUAUCAUCAGCCUGUCCCCUUCACAGUUCGUUCUAAAGGAGAGAACACAGGAGGUGAUCACAAUAGCAAUGAAGGCUUCACGCAGAGAGCAGGCUCUCUGUCAGUCUGGCGCAGCUCUUCUUGCCACCAUCUGUCUCUUCUGUGGUGAUGAAGUCUCUCGACAGCAAUUCAGAAAGUUACUACAAAUCAAACCAGAAGCAGGAAUGAAAGUCCUGUCUGAAAACAGUUUGUUGAAGAAUAUCCUCUUUGACGAAACAUUUUUAGGAGAGGAGCAGGUUCAGGAAGCCUAUGAUCUGCCUCAGCGGCCAAAUGAAGCUCAGAUUUUCUAUGGCAACAUGAGCAAGGUGAUGUUGUCCUUGUUUGGUACUUUGGAAACAUCAGACUCUGGAGAGAGCGACUAUAUGGAGUCCAUCAGACCUACACAACGGCACACUUCUGAAUCAGACAGUUUACAAUACAGUGGUUUGGGCUCGUCGGGCCGUUACAUCAGUAAUGUUUCCCUGGACGUGCUACCAGUCAAAGGUCCUCCGUUAAGCCCAACAGAACCUGUGCCGAAGCUGGAGAACACCUGGAGCAUCAAACCUGAUCAGCUGGUCCUCACCGCACCCACAAUCAAUGGUGUUGCUGACACCAGGCAUGUACAAAUCCUGAACCGCUCAAACAGAGAGCUAAGCUUUGAGCUGUCCUGGCCUGCACAUUGCCUGACUAUAACUCCACAGCACGGCAUCAUUGAACCCCAGAGCCACUUGCAAAUCCUAAUCAGCCCCAAUCCAUCCUUGGCAAGCAGAUCCUCUAUGCUGCCCUGGAGUGGACAGAUCUAUGUACAGUGUGAUAAUCAACAGACGUCCAUUAAAGUGCAGAUCCGACAGGAUCUGGCCAUGGAUGUGUCUGCUGCUAGUGCUACAGAUCGAUCUCUGUGCCCUUUGCCCCCUCAAGCUGCGACCCCCACUGUACCAGGACAGAAACCCCAGAGCAGCAGCAACCAACCUCAGGUUGAGAUUAAAAACCGAACACUGGUCUUCCCUCCUACUGCCUCUGGAGAGUCAUCAGAAUGUUGUCUGGAGGUGGAGAAUCAUGGAGAGGAGGUCAGGUGGUACCUCUCUUCUUUUGCUCCUCCGUAUGUCAAGGGUGUGGAUAGCAGCGGAGAUGUUUAUCGCGCCACAUACUCUGCCUUCAGAUGUGAAAAAGUGUCUGGGACUCUGGGGAUUCAAGAGAGGUUGAAGGUGCCGUUCACUUUCCUACCUCGUGACAGGGGGGAUUAUGCCCAGUUUUGGGAUUUGGAGUGUCACCCAGCAGCCAAACCCCAGCACAAGAGCCGUGUCCGCUUCCAGCUUUGUGGCACUGGCAUAAAUGCAGAUGAGGAAGCCAGCGUUAAAGAAAAUUGCUCACUUGUUAAAACAGACAUCGCUGUGAAAAACAGGAAGAGACUGGAUUCUGCAGGCUCAAAAACAGGGUCCCAGACUGAGACCCAGAAGAGGGGUGUGUACGCACCCCAAAGCCUGUAUACAUUUCCUGCAACACGUGUGGGCUCCACCAGCACACUGAAGGUUAACUUCAGAAAUAACUCCUCCAACACACAUGAGCUAAAAUUCAUAAGUCCUAAAGAGCCUUUCCACAUCAAGCAUUCAAAUUAUUCAUUAAGAUCACAACACUACAUCAACCUCCCCGUGCAGUUCACACCGGCUACUGCGGGCCAGUUUUCCGGUACGCUAAUCGUGCAGACGGACACAGGCGCUAAACUCUGUAUUGAGCUCAGUGGAGAAACAUCACUGUGAAGACUUGCUGGACAUACUCACCGUCAGUAGAGCCAUUUUUGCACCUGGACAUUUCUAAAUGCCUUGCAAAAGAAUGUUAAACUUCAUAUCCUCCAUCCCAUGCUUUAUUAGUUAUUAUAUGGCUAUGGACUUGAGGGAUAAUCACGCUACAGUAUGGAUAUUAUAUAUCCACCAACACUUUACAAAUGAUUUUCAAUGUGUGCCACUGUCACAGUCACUUCUGUACAGUUAUCGUCCCUGUCAGGUUUCCUGUUGUUUUCAGUUUUGUCAUCAGGACUUCAGUUAAGGUGAACUGACCUGUUUACACAGUGUUAUCACAAAAUGGAGCUGAACAAAUGUUUUAAGGAGAUCUGAAUCACCGUGUUUGAAGAUUGCACAUCCUUUAUACAGUACAAAAGUGUCUUGUGUAUGUUUGUGAUCUGUGUAUUUAUUUUACCGCUGUUCUUGAUAAAUAAAUUCUUUAACAAUU